AUGUUCGGUCGUUUGUUAGGUCGUACCGCUUCCCCUCCAAGGGCUAUUGGAGCUCCUCUUUCUCGCACAACUACUACUACAUCAGGUGGAGAGGAUUCAACUACAUCUGCCGAGCGUGAUGCUAGGGAUAUAGAAAUCGUCGAGGCUGCUAUCGAGGAGGCUGUCAAGAAGGCCUUGAACUCGGAUGUAUUUUCAAAUGCUAUCGCCACCUCUUUGGUCUCGCAGAUUAAACCAGCCUUCGAAUCAUCCAUCAGUUCUAUCCCUACCGCCAUUCAAAAUGUUUCCCUCAAUGUUGAUGCUGUCGAUACCAAACUCGCUGCCACAGCUACCAAGCUUUCUCAACAAAUCGAUGCUAGCAAUGCAGAGACUGCAAGCAAAUUAGCUGCCGUCGAAGAAGCUCUUGCUAAGAUGACAUCUUUAUUGGAGGGAUUGAGUGAGAAAUCUUCUUCUCCUCAAGACACAUCGGUUUUGGAAUUACACACUACAAAGUUGGAUGGAAUUGCUUCAGAGGUUGCUGCUCUCAAGAGUGCUACAAAUGAGGAAGCAUUCAAUGCCAUCACAUCCGACCUUGCUAUUAUCAAGAGUGAUGUUGCCGCCAUCAAGGAAUCUGACUCAAGUGCUACCUCCAAGGAUAUCCUCUCUGCUGUUAACUCUUCCAACGAAUCUCAUGCUUCCCAUGCUGCUGUUUUGAACGAAAUCAAGUCUGCCGCUGAAGGACAUGCUUCAACUCUUGGAGAGAUUAAAUCUACUCCUGCUUCUGCCCCAACUGAUAUUUCUGGUCUCGAGAACUCCAUCAAGGAUAUUACUGCUUCCAUUGAGGAAAUCAAGUCCGCACCUGCACCAUCUACUGUCGAUAUCUCUGGUCUUGAAUCAUCUGUCAAGGAAAUUCUCUCUACAUUGGGUGAGGUUAAGGAAACUGUUUCUGCUCCAGCUGCCGCUGUUGAGAAGACUGAUAUUUCUGGAUUGGAAGCUUCCGUUAAGGAAAUCUCUGCUACCGUCAAUGAAAUUAAAUCUACCCCAGCUCCAGCUCACGAAACCAUCGACCUCUCUCCAAUUGAUGCUCAACUCAAGGAAGUUGCUUCUAACGUGGCGUCUAUCAAGGAAUCUACUUCUACACCAGCUGCUAUCCCUGAGCCAACUGAUAUUUCCGGCUUAGAAUCUUCUGUCAAGGAAAUCAUCGCUACUCUCCAGGAUAUCAAGACUUCUACUGGUGCCGCUCCUAAGGAAGUUGAUUUCUCUCCAAUCACAUCUACCCUCGAAUCCCACAAGAGCACUCUUGAGGAGAUCAAGUCUUCCGCUUCUGGACCAGUCGAUCUUUCUUCUCUCGAAUCCUCCGUCGCUGAAAUCAAGGCAGCUCUCGAAUCUCAUUCCGGUACUCUCAACGAAAUCAAAUCAGUUCCAGCACCAGAAAAGACUGAUCUCUCUACCAUUGAGAGCUCCGUUAACGAGAUUAAGACUAUUGUUGAGGAAAUUAAGGCCAAGGAACCCCCAUCUGCCGAGAAGGUUGAUUUAAGCAAUGUCGAAUCUUCAAUCGAAUCCAUCAAGGUAUCUGUUGAGGAAAUUAAGACCAAGGAAUUCCCAGCUUUCGAGAAGAUUGAUUUAAGCAACGUCGAAUCUUCAAUUGAAUCCAUCAAGGUAUCUAUUGAGGAAAUUAAGACCAAGGAAUAUCCAGCUGCCGAGAAGGUUGAUUUAAGCAACAUCGAAUCAUCCAUCGAGUCUGUCAAGGUAAUUGUUGAGGAAAUCAAGGCUAAGGAGACCCCAGUUGUUGAAAAGGUUGAUUUGAGUCAAGUCGAGUCAUCGAUCGAAUCCGUCAAGGCAUCUAUCGAGGAUAUUAAGAACAAGGAGACCCCAGCUGUCGAAAAGGUUGAUUUGAGUCAAAUCGAGUCAUCGAUCGAAUCCGUCAAGGCAUCUAUCGAGGAUAUUAAGAACAAGGAGACCCCAGCUGUUGAAAGGGUUGAUUUGAGUCAAAUCGAGUCAUCGAUCGAGUCUAUCAAGGUAUCUGUCGAGGAGAUCAAGACAAAGGAGACCCCAGCUGCCGAAAAGAUCGAUUUGAGUGCUAUUGAGGCAUCGAUUGCCUCUGUCAAGAGCGCGGUUGAUGAGAUCAAGGCUAAAGAAUCACCAGUUCCAGAAUCAGUUGAUUUGAGCAAGAUUGAAUCUUCCAUCGAGUCUGUCAAGUCCAUUGUUGAAGAAAUAAAGGCCAAGGAAGCUCCAGCUCACGAAAAGAUCGACUUGAGCGUAAUUGAGGCAUCUAUUGCUUCAGUUAAGAGUACCGUUGAUGAAAUCAAGGCUACUCCAGCUCAAGAACAAAAGGCAGUUGAUCUUUCCAACAUUGAGUCUUCCAUUGCAGCUGUUAAGGCUACAGUGGAUGAGAUUAAGGCUACCCCAGCCCCAACUCAUGAACCUACUGACCUUUCUAACAUUGAAUCAUCUAUUGCUGCCGUCAAGUCAUCCGUCGAUGAAAUCAAGGCUGCUCCAGCACCAGAGAAGAUUGAUUUAAGCUCAAUUGAAUCAUCUAUCUCCGAAAUCAAGGCAGCUAUUGAAGAAGUCAAGGCAUUACCUGCACCAGAAAAGAUUGAUCUAAGCUCAAUUGAAUCAUCUAUCUCCGAAAUCAAGGCAGCUAUUGAAGAAGUCAAGGCAUCACCUGCACCAGAAAAGAUUGAUCUAAGCUCAAUUGAAUCAUCUAUCUCCGAAAUCAAGGCAGCUAUUGAAGAAGUCAAGGCAUCACCUGCACCAGAAAAGAUUGAUCUUUCUAACAUUGAGUCUUCCAUCGCCUCCGUUAAGACUACCGUUGAUGAAAUUAAAUCUACCCCAGCUCCAUCCUUCAAGGAAACUGACAUCACUGGUCUUGAAUCAUCCGUCAAAGAAAUCAUCACAAGCAUCUCUGCUCAAGAUGGUGUCUUGACUGAAAUUAAGACUACAACUGAGAAAUUCGAUACUAAGGAAGUUUUGACCAAGGUUGAGUUGAUUGCUCAAGAGGGUGUUUUCUUGAAUGAGAAGGGACUUGGUCAAAUCAAGGACAAUGUUAAGACUAUUGAGUUGAAGUCACCAGCCACACCAACAUCACCAACUACCCCAACUUCCCCAACAUCUCCAGGAUCUCCAUCAUCUUCGACAUCCCCAUCAAAGUCUACCCUUAAGAAGAAGAAGAGAAAGGCGGCUGCUGCUGCCGCUGCUGCCGCGGCCGCAUCAGGAAAUGCUACUCCUGAGGCUAAGUCCGAAGCCGAGAACGAACAAACGGCUUAA